CCCGGGGCGCCGCGCUGGCUCAGUGGCGGGUCAGGCUGGAGCUCUGAGGCGGCCGGGCGGCGGGGCGUCGGGCCGCUGCUGCUGCUGCUGCUCCUCCUCCUCGGCCCGGUCCCUCCUCUCCCUCCUCGGCCGCUCUCCUCCCUCCUCCUCGCCCAGGACCAUUUCAAAAUGGCCGGGAUCCCUUUGUAUUUUGUGGAUUUGCAGGAUGACUUAGAUGAUUUUGGGUUUGAAGACUAUGGACCAGAUUGUGAUAGCAUGAGGAUAACUGCAUUCUUGGACAUUCCAGGACAGGAUAACUUGGCUCCGCUUGGACGUCUGGAAAAAUAUGCUUUUAGUGAUAAUAUAUUUAACAGGCAAAUCAUUGCCAGGGGUCUACUUGAUGUCUUUCGAGAUUUCAGUCACAAUGAAGAAGAUUACUUGACAGUAAUGGCAAUAGUGGUCCGACUGGCUGAAGAUACAGAGCCUACUGUACGGACAGAAUUAAUGGAGCAGAUCCCACCCAUUGCUAUUUUUCUACAGGAGAGUAGACCAAACUUUCCUACCUCCUUUUCUGAAUACCUUAUGCCUAUUGUGGUGAGAUAUCUCACAGAUCCAAAUAACCAGGUUAGAAAAGCAAGCCAGGAUUCACUACUCAUACUACUGGAACAAGGUCUCGUCGGUCAAUAUGAUAUUGAAAAUAAAGUGUGUCCAAUCCUGUUAGAUCUUUCUGCUCCUGAGAGUGAUGAUGAAUACAAAGUGGAAGCUGUAAACGUAAGUAGCAGUUGUCUUUCAUUUGGAAAUUCUUCUAAAUUUGCAGUAGGGAACGAAGUCCUAUAUCUACCAUCUUAACUUGUUUGUACAAAG